GGAGCUGGGCUCUCAGCCCCAUUUGCUGGGCAGCAGGACCAGGGAUCUUGUCUUCUUGACCAUGAGUGGUGAUCAAAUCUAUGAUAACAACCUGGAUAUUUUUCCUUCUCAGUCUGAGACAUGGUGGCACCCACUGCCUGUGCCUGGUUCUGCUGUCCUGGAAGUUUUGGCUGUAAUGGUGCACUCACAGCUCAUGGGGUAAUGAUUGUUUCACAUUGGAGAAAACAGGAAAAACAUGUUCUCUUUUAAAAAAGCAACCACGUUGUAAGGAAUGGUUUUUCCUGUGUGCAGAAAGUUUGUUUUUGUGGCUAGAAGAAGUUAAUCUGUCCACAGUGGUUCAGUGUGAUCAAGGUUGCACACAGCCUCUGUCAUUCUGGCUGCUGGUGGUGGAGAGAGAGAGCAGCCGUGCUGGAGGGAGCUGUUUGAACAUGGCUUUAAAAUGUUGAUGCAAUUUUAUAUCCUAGUAAGUCAUGCCCAUGCUGAUUUUUCUCCUUAUUAUUAUGUUCUGCUCAGUUUCUGAACAAGAAGCAAUUUCAAGUGUGGAGCAUUUUACUGGAAAAUGUUUGGGCUCCGUUUGGUGUGGUAGUAUUAAAACAGGAUAGCUCCCAAUUUAUAAAGUUAAUUCUUGUUAUGAAAAUUCUCCCACUUGGAUUAUUUCCAGUGAGGUUAAGGCAUCUGCAUGGAAAGAGUUGUUCCAGAAGCAUUUUGCUUGUGCAGCUCAUGGUGCAGGCAGGGCUGGGAUGCUGAGGUGGUGGGAAGGUGCAGCUGUGAGCUCUUUGUACUGCACUACAUUUGAGCUCCCACUCAUUGGUAGCUGUUUAUAGGACUUGGGCUUAGUUCCUAGUGAUUCAUACCACUUUUUUAUGUGUGGGUAGAAUUAAUUCUGUUUAUUUCAGUAUAGGGAAAUCCUUUUUUUUGUAAUGUGUGUUUUAAUGUGUCGAUUUUCAGUCUCCAUAAAUUGGGGGGUUUGGUGUGUGUGCUGUUGCAUUGCAGUUGCAGUGAAAAUCCCUUUCCAGCAUGCACUGUCUGCCACAAGAGCAUCAUUAUGCAGCACGAGCCUGCCGCUCUCUGCUAUUUUAAACCAGCAUUACAGUUCACACGUGUGCUGAAAAACUGCAGCAUACACAAAGGCAGGACAGCUUCCCCUUGCUGGAAGGUGUGAGCAGACAGAAGUGAAAGCUCCCUCAGCCCCUACCUACGCUGGCCAGGCAUCAGCGUAAGCAGGAAAUUGAUUCAGAUAACCCUGGGCUGCUCUCACUGUCACCUACAGCACUUUUUCCCCUGACGGUUUCCCUUUGGUUUCAGUUCCGAGAGCCCUGCGCUGGGAGCCAGGAGUGGGAGCAGAGCUGCUGCAAGUGCCCUGAGUCACUGACAGAAUCAAUAUAGCCAAAAACCUGCACAUAAUCCAGUAAAAUAAGAGUUUACUGCUAGAAAUGAAUGAUCAACAGGAACAAGAAAGGUGUCAAGUUAAGAGGCUUCAACUCCUGUAACACCUAAACUGAAGAUGAGAGCCCUGCUGCCCGCAGCAGCCUGCUGCAAGCGGUAGCCGAGGCAGAGUGGCUGCCAGGGAGUGUUGGAAGAGCUUCUCCCUGCAUCUGCUUGGCUUCCCAGCGCAGCUCCCAUGGCCUGUGACGAGCCCGCUGCUCCCUCGGGCACCUUCACACGGCAGAACUCCUCCAGCACCGGCUCCCUGGACUUCGAGCCCAACGCCGACUACAAGUUCGUGGAGAGCCUGGAGGAGCGCUACAAGUGCGCCCACUGCCACCUGGUGCUGCACAACCCCCACCAGACGGGCUGCGGGCACCGCUUCUGCCAGCACUGCAUCCUCGCUCUGAGAGAGUUAAAUGCAGUACCCACCUGUCCUGUCGACAAAGAAACAAUAAAAAUGCAUGAGGUAUUCAAAGACAACUGCUGUAAAAGAGAAGUUCUCAACUUGCAUGUGUUCUGCAAAAACUUUCCUGACUGCAAUUCAAAAGUAAUUCUGGGGCGAUAUCAGGAGCAUCUGCAGCAGUGUUUGUUUGAAAGCAUGCAGUGCACUAAUGAUGGAUGUCAGGAUCGAAUUCUCCGCAAAGACCUGAAGGAGCACUUGAGCCAGCACUGUAAAUUCCGGGAAGAGAGGUGCCAGUACUGUAACACACAUGUGGUGUUAAUUAACAUAAAGAAUCAUGAGAAAAAUGACUGCCCUGAUUAUCCUGUGCCUUGUCUCCAAAACUGUUCACAAAUAAUUCUGAAAAAAGAGAUUGAAAAGCACCACGCUGUGUGUCCCGAGGCAGAAGUGGACUGUCCAUACAAGCAGUACGGCUGUCAUGUAAAGGUUAAAAGAGGGAAACUUGCUGAACAUGAAAACAGUGCCCUGAGGGAACACAUGCUGCAGAUUUUAGACAAGAACUCCCGGUUGGAAGAGCAGAUAUCUGACCUGUAUAAGAGCCUGGAAUGUAAAGAGAUUAAAAUCCAGCAGCUAGCAGAUGCCAUUAAGAAGUGUGAGAAAGAAUUCAGACAGUAUACACAACUGUUUGGUAACAAUAGCAACUUGAUGGUAAGCACUCAGGCUCUGGCCAGUCACCUGGACAAGUCUGCACGCCUGGAAUCACAAGUGAAACAGCUAAUACAGAUGGCAAACCAGCAGCAAAGUAAACUAGACCUGCGGCCCCUGUUUGACACCAUUGAAACCGUGAAACAGAAGAUUGCCCUGAUGGAGACGUACGACCAGCGCUUGGUUGUUUUGGAAGAUCAAUCCAGCAAACAUGAUCGCCAGAUCAAUAAUCACAAAGCACAGCUCAAUAAAAACGAAGAACGAUUUAAGCUUUUGGAAGGCACGUGCUACAAUGGGAAAUUAAUCUGGAAAAUCACGGACUACAAGAAGAAGAAAAGAGAGGCAGUGGAGGGCCGUGUGCCGUCCAUAGCCAGCCAGCCCUUCUACACCAGCCGCUGCGGGUACAGGCUGUGUGCCAGAGCCUACCUGAACGGGGACGGCUCGGGAAAGGGAACCCACAUCUCCCUCUACUUCGUGGUCAUGAGGGGCGAGUUUGACUCGCUGCUGCUGUGGCCUUUCAAGCAGAAGGUUACACUUAUGCUUUUGGACCAAAGUGGGAAAAAAAAUCACAUUGUGGAAGUCUUUAGAGCUGACCCCAACAGCAGCAGUUUCAAAAGGCCGGAUGGAGAAAUGAAUAUUGCCUCUGGCUGUCCACGCUUCGUGCCACACACCGUCCUGGAGAGCACAAAGAACACCUACAUCAGAGAUGACACUCUCUUCUUGAAAGUGGUCGUGGACCUAACUGACCUGGAGGAACUGUGAAAAGCCCGGUCAACGUGACUGCUGCUUUUGUGGUGAGCACCAGCCAUGCAAUAGCAAAUUGCCACCAGUCAGGCUACUGAGAAUGUUUCAUGGCUUUGGACUACAGGAUAGAUAAAGAAUUGCCAAAGCAUCAGCCUUUCCUUUUCUACCCUUUUUUCAAGACUGCAUUUUUAAGGCAGCUAGAAGUCCAGGUUGGCGCAAAGAUGCAUUCAAUCCAGAUUGGUUCAGUCCAGGCUGGGGGGAAUGCUUGGCUCCCAUCCUCAGACUGGCAUUUGGAGAUGAACCUCCUCCAGUAAAUUUCCAGGAGUCCAGGCAGGCCUGUGGGCUCCUCUCCCCCACACAGAAGUGAAGCCAUGCCCAAACAUGCAAGUGCAUUUCAUCUGUCUGCAAUGGAAACAUUUCAACAUUAGCAAAUUUGAAUCAAUGUGUCUUGAUCCCUCCAUCUUCUGGAUUUUUGAAGCAGGGAGAAUGGCUUCAGUCAGGCAGGGUAAACAUUGGCCAAGUAUCUUGCAUCUUUUUUAUUUGUUUUAAUCAUGUUUGUCCAGAAAGCCCAGAGGAAGGAGCCAAUGCCUCUUACUUUUUUUAGCCUGUUUUUUCAGCUGUACAGAGUACCCCAGGUCACAACAGCUUUCUUGUGUCCUUUCCACUCCUGCCUAGUGCCUUGGGACUGGUUUCCAUUGGUGGUAAACAUCCACAGUCCCCAUCUGAAGCCAAAAGCUGCAGGUGCUUCUCACCUCUCAGGACAUGGCCAGAGGCAGGGCACUCAGCCAGCCUGCUAGCUCCUGGCUGCACUGCUGGAGGAGGGCCAAAACUCCUGUUCCUUUGCUUCCACAUCUGUGCAAAAGAGAUGUUUUCUGGCCUUACCAGCUCUACAAAAGGCAGGAAGAGCUUGGGGAAUAGCUCACUUAUGUAACAUGCACUUUUCCUCUCUCCUAGAAGUUUGGGGAAGAAGGGGGAAAAUAGAUUAGGGAGUGAGGUUGCUGUAAGAAGCCAAUUUUGACAAUCAGUGCAGCUUUAGUGUUUGUUAAAGGAUGACACAGCUGCUGACCGUGAUGUCUGAAGAUCUUAAUUUUUAUUCCAAGUUCCUUCCAUAUUGCAAAGGAAUGUGUGCAUUGUACAGGGUUUAUUUGAGACAGACUAAAACCACCAAGGUCAGGCACUGAGGAACACGUAACACAGAACACAUGUGCCUUUUUAAAGCCCUUUGGGUGCCUGUAAGAGGGAUGUAAUUCUGCAUGCUCAGUGAUUUUGUUAUUACAAGUGGCAGAAUUUUGCAUCUCUCAUCUCUUACAGGUCAGGUGGGGAAACACCUCAGCAUUAUCCAUUGCUCCAAAGCUUAUCAAGAGACAGCAAGAAACUAAGCUGGUUUUGGAGUAAGAGUAAACUAGGCAGGAUAAAAAUCAAAAUAGGGCACAGACUGAAAGGCAUAAGAUAGAAAAUUCAAGAGGGCAAAUGUGGUAAAAUGAAAAAUACCCUUCCCAUAAGGGAUGUUGAUAAGACUUUAAAUAAUUCAAGGAUUUAUACCAAGAUGAAGGCAAAGUACUUUAUUUUGUAUCUGCAAUCUUAUUGCUAGACAUUCACUUUUCCACAUGGUUUUCAGGGCAUAAUUCAGACACAUGUAUUUUCUAACUCAGGGGUGGAGGGGAAGAGACCUUAGUAAUCUGUACCUCCUGGUGGGUUAGCACAUGGGAAAUCUUUGUUUUGAUCUAGAAGUCCUUUUGUUUUAUAAUGUCAAGAUGUACUGAGCCACCAUAGGGGCUUUCCAUGUUCCCGGGGACAGAUUGUGAGGAACAAAUUUAUUCUUGUGUACCUCCACCAUUGACCUCAGGAGUCAUUUCAGCUGUAAAACAGAAUGAAUUAGGUAUAACACUUGGUUACAGAAAGAGCAGGCUUGUUUUGACAGUGGUAUGCCAUUCUGUGACAUCAACCCUGAGCCUGGAUUUCAUGUCACUCAUUACUUUAAUUUUUGUCAUGUAACCUUCAAAGUGACACAAGUUCCAUAAUAACCACUAACAACUGAUGGGAAUGUACCAUCCCUGUGUCCUGGGGCUCUCCAGGACACUGAGUGUUCAAUACAGAAAGUGAUAAAGGACAAGCAAGGGAGGCAAGAUGGAAAGGAUGUGUGAGGUCUGUAUCCUGGCAAAUUCCCAGCCCUCUCUGCCUCCACCACCCCAAAUGUAAAAUGGGAAUAAUAAUACUUGCAGAAGCACUAGGGCUAUUUAAAUGUUUGUGAAGAAGUCUGAGCAUGAAAAGAGCUAAGUAUUAUUAACACUCCAUUUCUAAUUGUUAGAAUAGGUGAUGGCAUAGUGAUGUGGAUAAGUGUUUAGUGUUUUCCUAGACAGAUUUUGGAAGCAUGUUUGGUUUUAUGCAGUUCCUACCUGCAGUCUCUCCUCUACCUACUGGUUGGGUUUAGGUUUUUGCCAUGAAUAUUCCUUUUAAAAUUCUGAAGCACAAAUUCAUCCUGGGUGAUGGAAACAUCCCUUUUGAAAUACUGCCUGUUUUAUAAAGAAUUAGUUGAGAAGAUUAAUUUUUUUAAAGACAACCUUCUUUAAAUUUGUUCUUUUUAGUACAGAAAUUAAGAUAUUUAUGUUAAAAUUUUCAGUGAUUUUUUUUUACUGCUUGUAAACAGGGUUUUAAAUUUCAUCCCAUUCCUAAUAAAGAAAAAAUGUUGUAUAGCAUGAACUGUCAGGAAGAAUUUUGAUGUUGCAUGAAGAAUACCAAAAAACUUUUCAAUAAUAUUGUACUGGGUAAGUAACCAAAAGAGCAUAGGGUAUUUCUACAUCAGCAUACCAUAUGUUUCUAAUGUAUUUAUUGAUAGUUUGUAGUUGUUUGAAUAUCUCUUACUACAAUACAGGCAUUUUUCUAGCCGAAUGUCUUUACUGUGUACAUAAACUAAUGUAAGAAUAAAUAAUUUUAUCAUCCUUCUAGAGGGACUGUUUUUGACUGGACUGAAGGAGACUUUUAAGGAUAUGGAGUA